UUGACAAGUCGCAAACAGCGUAGCGGGGUAUUUCGAGUUUUGUUUUUGUGUAAUUUGUCAUGAUUUUGCUUAGUUAAUUGUAUAAAAUGAGUGAUUUUCAAACCGCCAGGGAAGCGGCCGAUCUUGCCAUUAGUUUUGAUAAGGUGGGACAGGCGGACAAAGCUGUGGAAUGCUACAGAACUGCUGCAAGAUUAUUGGACAGGGUUCGUAAUCGUCUACCCUUGGACAAGCAAGAAGGGUUACAGUUAAAAGUCCGGGAAUAUCUGGAGAGAGCUACUUUACUACAGGAGCAGCAAGAUGUGGCACAACAAGCAGAGAGUGAGAGAGCAAUGCAACAAUGUAAUUUCUUGUUGCAACAAGCACUGGAUGCAGACGAGGCUGCACUCAAGGAUGUCGCAUUCCAGCUGUACACACAGGCUGUGGAGUUUGCUGUCACUGCUAAAGUAAGUGACCCCGAAAUUAAAGUUAAAUUAGAAGCACUGGCUAAACAAGCCUUGGACAGAGCUGAAGUGUUGAAGGGCAUCAAAAAGAUGGACGCGUUAAGCUUAAAUGAGAGCAACCACUCACAGAGACCUGCCGUCUCGCCAAACAGAGCCCAGUUACAAAGAGAACAGAGCGUACAGCUAACCGUUUCGGGCAGAGACAUUUACACCGAAGAAGAGAAGGAAGUCCUGCGUGCAACGUCAACUAUAAACAACAACCGUUUCCUGCCAUUCAUGCACGUGGAUCUGUCUGAGAAGUUCCAAUACGCUAUCCUGUUUGAGGACAGAGCGAGCGAGCUGAAGUUGUCUUCGAAACAAGCGAGCGAGUUCGACAGAUGGGUGCGCCCUCACGAGAUAUGUAGUGACCCGAAGUUGGUUGUUGGCGAUCACGUGGAUUGUUUCAGUAUUAAGCAGACUAUAGUAUCAGAUUGUUCGUUCGUUGCUUCGCUGGCAGUCAGUGCGUUAUACGAGAAGACGUUCAACAAAAAGAUAAUCACAUCUAUCAUAUAUCCGAAGAAUAAACUUAAAAACCCAGUGUAUAACCCCUUUGGAAAGUAUAUGGUGAAGCUGCAUUUGAAUGGUGUUAGGAGAAAGGUGAUAAUAGACGACAGGCUGCCGUACAGUAAAUAUGGUCGGCUUCUGUGCUCAUACUCGAGCAACAAGAACGAGUUCUGGGUAUCGAUGUUGGAGAAAGCCUACAUGAAAGUUAUGGGCGGCUAUGACUUCCCAGGGUCGAACAGCAACAUAGACCUGCACGCAUUAACCGGCUGGAUUCCGGAGCGUUGCGCGAUCAGGACGGGUGAGGAGGAUUUCAACGCGGACACGUUAUACGACACAAUACAGACGCGCCUGGCGCGCGGAGACGUGCUCGUGACCGUUGCUACCGGACAACUGUCCGACGCGCAGGCGGAAAGGUCCGGAUUAGUUGCCACUCAUGCGUACGCCGUGCUUAAGGUCAUCUGUGUUAAUGGUGUCAAGCUGUUGAAAUUGAAGAAUCCGUGGUCACACCUCCGUUGGCGGGGCAACUACUCAGAACUGGACACGGCGCACUGGACCCCACAAUUACAAGCGCAACUAAACUACGACCCGGACAACGCUGCUCAGUAUGACAACGGCGUCUUCUGGAUAGACUACAACAGUAUACUUGAGUUCUUCGACGUGUUUUAUCUGAAUUGGAACCCCGAGCUGUUUAAGUUCACCUAUUGCAUUCACCAGAAAUGGGACGCUGGAUUGGGCCCGGCGAAAGACGCGUACAACAUAUCUGAGAACCCCCAGUUCAGCCUGCACGUGCAGGGCCGGGGCGCCGUGUGGCUGCUGCUCACGAGGCACAUCACGCUCAUAGACGACUUCAGGGAUAACCAGGAGUACAUAACUUUAUUGGUCUACAAGCACAAUGGCAGGAGAGUUUACUAUCCAUACGACCCACCGCCUUACAUAGACGGUAUAAGGAUCAACAGUCCCCACUACCUGUGCAAGAUCAUAGUCGGUGAGAACAGUGCAGAUAGAUACACACUCGUCGUGUCUCAAUACGAGAAGACCAGGACUAUAUUCUACACUCUAAGAGCGUACGCCACGUGCCCCUUCGCUCUGGGAAAGAUUCAACCGUUCCCUUAUACUAAAAAGCUGCAAGGCGAGUGGUCCGGCCAUACGGCUGGUGGUUGCGAGAACCACCGAGCUACUUACCCUAACAACCCGAAGUUCACCAUGACAGUUCCUGACUCCCGGACUCCUUGUCACGUCACCAUACAGUUGUUGGCUCCUAAGCAGUACCAGAUCGGAGUGGAUGUCCGGGUCGAGAGUAUGAACGAUCCUAACCAAACUGCGCCUUUCUUGAAGGAGUCUUCUGGCCCCUAUCGGUCCGGUUUUGUAGUGCUAGAACUACGGGACCUACCUGCGGGUAAAUACAUACUAACCGUCUCAACCUUCUACCCAGCGCAAGAGGGUCCAUUUUUCCUUGAACUCAGGUCCACUUGCGAAAUAGGGUGCGAACCGCGCAACUAGAGAGCUUAUGGUCGGAGGAGAGAGUACAUUUUUCAUCUAAGAUCUUCGAGAUUUGGACCUUGACAGGCCUGGGAGACAGCGAAGAAGAUAAUAGAAGUUGGUAGUGGCGUACGUUGGCCUGUUAAGGAACCAAAACUCAACUUUUAUUCGACUGUACUAGUCUUUGAGAAAUUAUAGAUGGAAGUCGACUUUUUUUCUGCUACUACAUUUUUUCUGACACUUUUUGGUGGACGUGUGGUAUCAGUACAGCAUAUUCAUAAAAAAAAUCAACGUUUCUAUAAAAGCAAAGGUACCAAAACAAAAAACCAUCACAUACAUAACGAAACAGACAGAGAUCUGGUGUAAAAGACGAUAUAGUGACUAAGAUUGAGAAGGGAAUGUUAGGUUGGUUUGGACACGUAGAGCGGAUGAAGGAUAAUAGAAUUGCGAAAGCGGUAUAUAAAGCAAAAGUUGAUGGUAGGGCUGGCAGAGGAAGACCUAGGACUUACGUUGGAGAUGUCCUUAGAAAAGGUUUAGUACGAUCUACUCUGAACCGGCGUGCGUGUAUGAAGCGAUAGAUAAAUGUGGAGGAAGUAAGAGAAGUAUGUCAGGAUGGAAGCAAAUGGAAUUCUAUAGUAUCUGCUUACCCCGGUGGGAAAUAGGCGUGAGUUUAUGUAUGUAUGUAUAUAGCAAAACACGGACCGAUCGUCAUUGUAUUUUGGCAGAGAACGUGCUUGGCGACUCCCGUCUAUAAUUUCUCUAAGGAACCAGAAGUACUCCAGUUGCUCGAGAAAAAAAAAACGAAUUUGUGAAAAGAGUAUUUCUAGUUAUUAUUGAAAGCUAACACAAAUAAGCUCCAAAUUCGGAAAAAAACCGAAUUCCAAAUUUUAAAAAGAUCUGCUUUUACCUAGGUGUCCCUAAAGUCCGUAGUUGUUGGGACGAUAAUUUUGUAAAGGACAUUAAUUUUGGGUAUAAAGUGCCGGCUAGAAAAAAGAUUGAACAUUUUGUAUUCGGGCACCAAAGUUAAGAUUUGACUUUCAUUUAACUUCGAAAACAUUGGACGUAAGGACUACUUACGUUUUGAUCAAACUAAAAAGUGUCCGUUGACCAACACUUUGUUGGCCGGCACUUUUGACUAAAGGCUUCGGUACACUAAACGCAGGUUAGAAACAGGGCAGUGUGAGCGCGGAUCUCUUCCGUGUAACACAAGAAACACUUCUCAUUGAAAAAAAAGGAAUACUUUACCUGGCAGGUUUAUGUUUCGUAAAGAUUAUCAGAAUAAAAUUUAAGUACGAGUUGGGAAUAAAAAAUAAAAUACAUUUUACAGUGGGUAUUUAUUGUUAAUGUUGCAAAUUCAAGUUUUUUAUUGAUAACAUACAGCAUCACGCCACAUACACCUCUUUCGGUCCCAUGUAUUAGAGGGCGCCUCUAGUUUUCUUAAUCUCGUAUUUUAUUGAACAAAAAAUUCUAAGAAUUAUUUUUUUUUUUUUGUAUUAUUUUUUAUAAGUAAUAUGAACUGCGGCACAUCGGCCCGGACUGGCGUUCAAAUUUGGUGUGGUGCACUUCUUAAUAGUUUCUUGUAUUACUACACCCGCGGCAGUACUCUAAGCUGCUUCUGAAAUUCUUUUAGUGUGUCGAAGCCCUUGGCGUCAGACUUUGUACGCAACAUGUUCUUUGCUUAGCUUUUUGCCUUUUUUGAUGUAGAGAAUCAUGACCACGCUGGCCUUAGUAUUUUUAAGUUUUAUUUUUGUAAAUGCAUUUGACUCGUUUUCGCACACUGUGAUAUGGUAGCGCGUAAGGAUUUAUCACAGUUUUAAAUUAAUGUAAGUUGAAGAAUUAUUGAAUGAAUUUUAUAUGAUGUUAAAUAUAUUUUGAUGAUUGAU